CCAUAUAUGUAUGGUGAAUGCGAUUAAAAUGGGAGUGGAGAAACCAAACAAAAACAAACAAACAGCACCAGAAAAGAAGAAGGCCACGCUCUCUGUCACAUACUCCUAUUGUCUCUCCUUUUCUCUCUUUCUAGAUCUUCUUGCCCCCUCCUACUGCAACUUCUUUCGAUCAGCCUUUUCAGCUUAAGUUCUACGCAGAAAGAGUUCAUUUUUAUCCUUCCUCUUCUAUUCUCAAGGUUUUUGAUUUCUAUAGUUUUUGAAAGAGAAGAGGAACGGGGAGGUUAAAUACUCAAAAAUUAAUAGUGGAAGGAAUCAAAGAUGCCCUGGACAUCCUUCUUCAUGUUUUUCAACCGGACUUGCACUCGUCUCGUUGUCUUUUUCCUUGUCAUUCUGUAAAUUUCCAUCCUUUCCAGGCGUUGUUUUUUCGGAGUAGCUCUCUGUUGUUGUUGUUGUGACUAUUUUUUAAGUGUUGAGAAUGUGCAUUGUUGGAAACAAGAAGAAGGGAAACAGAUCAUUGAAGGAAAUAGGAACUUUUAUGAUGACUACAUGUUUCAUUGCUAAUUACCAAUCCGUUCAAGUUUGCCAGGCAGAAUAUUUCAGACAGUUACUUAAGCCUGUAACGUAGUCUGGUUUCUGGAGUUUCCGAUAAUUGGGCGGCUGUCUUUUGAUUACUGUGAGAUAUUAAGAGUUCGGUAUUCUGAAGAGAUCUAAACUCUGUUUGGAAGCUUCUGGUUUGGGGGGUAAGGGCUCUGGUGGAGACUCUUCAGUCUGAUGGCCAUAACAACUUGAUUUAGCAUUUGGUUCAGUUGUCAACGUAGUGUUGGUUUAGUAGUAACCGAGCAGCUCAAAGCUUAACGAAGACAGAUUUGGUAGUAAAGAAUCAAGCAGCUCGCAGUUUAGGACUUGUGUUUUUUUUAUUUUCACAUUUUUAGCUUUGCACGGGCAUUCUCUAGUGCAGAACAAUCAGUAUCCCUACUUCUCCGACGUAAUGGGAGACGGAAACAUGAACAGCGUCCCGUCGUAUGCAUCAGCGUCAUCCUUUGAUGCUUUGUUCCCGCCAUGUGCCAAGUUACCAUUCCAUGGUGUUGAACUUCAACCCUCUUCGGUCUGUCCAAAGAACUUUGUCGUUUUCGACCAAACAUAUGACCGCAGCCAAGUGAUGUACCAUCCUGAGCUGACACCUAGGCUCGUGAACUCCGGAUUAGCUUCUUCGUUUCAUAACGAGUAUGUUGCGGGAAGUUAUGGUAACUAUGGCCGACAAGAAGUAUCAUCAUCCUCUUCUCACCAAGAAGAUCCUAACGAGAUUGAUGCUCUCUUGAGCACAGAUGAAGAUGAUGAUGAGAGUGAGGAUGGUGGUGAUUCAGAAGAGGUCAGCACCACAGCUCGUGAGUCUCUCAGGGAGUAUGGGAAUACAUCAGCUGAAUCAAGUUGCUCAAGCUAUGGAUAUAGCUCAAGAAGGAAGCAGAGUGUAUCGGGAAGUGCGAGUAGUUCUAACAAUGAUGGGAAAGGAAGGAGAAAGAUGAAGAAGAUGAUGGGAGUGUUGAGGAGGAUUGUCCCUGGAGGAGAAGAGAUGAAUACAGCUUCUGUACUUGAUGAAGCUGUUCAGUACCUCAAGUCACUUAAACUCGAAGCUCAGAAACUUGGCGUUGGACAUUUCUCAAACCAAUCUUGAAGAUACUAUCCGAUAUUCCUUCUUCAGUUGCAACUGUUCUUGGGAAGUAACUCUCGGUCCAGCGCUAUCUGGACCACUCUGUCUCUCUCUAUGGUACUCCCACUCUCCUCGCUUCUAUUUACAGGAUGGGAUUUAUUUAGAUAUAAUAGUAUGUUGAAUCUCUCUCUAUAUAUGUUUCAUUUUGUGCGUUGCACAAGGUGUACUUGUGGAUUUGCUUUGAGCUUUUGAUUUGUAUGGCUGAACUUACACUCUAAUCAAAUGGCUUUUCAUUUUCCAUUUGUAGCCAUGAAUUAUUAUGGUUUGUGAUGUGCCUUUUUACUUGGGCAUGUAAUGUAUUUUGCUUUCUUAAAAAAAAACAUUUGGUCUUCUGAUGA